AUACGUUACCUUUAAGAAAGGAGCGUAUUCCUGUCGUACAUUGACCCUGGUUAGAGAUCAUGUUAGGCUCAACAUGCCACUUAUACAUACACCGUAGCCAGUAAACCUACUAAGACAUAAUGCAGUUUAACUUCAUGCGAUAGUUCUGCAAUAAAUCCAGACUUUUUCAACUGAUCAUGACUAAUAGAGAGGUCAACUAAGAUUUUACAGCAUGCAAACUUGGAUUUAGUUGUUGGUCCCUGUGGUUUAAUCUCGCAAUAUUAGAUUUUUGGUCAAUUUUUCAAUGCGGGGAUCACAGAUUGAGCCUUACAUGACACCUCGGCUGAGCUUUGUGUGAGGAUGAAGAUCACUGUGCUGGGAGCCACUGGGCAGACUGGACAGUAUCUGGUCAACCAGGCGUUGCAGCAGGGUCACAUGGUGACCGCCAUCGUCAGAAACCUGGGAAAACUCAGCGUGCAUCAUGACAACCUCAAGGUGGUGGAAGCUGAUAUUUUCUCAGCAGACAGUUUGAAGACUUAUUUCAAAGGACAGGAUGUGAUCAUGUCCUGCCUCGGCUUCCCGGCCUCCUUCUUCUCGGCGGUCACGGGCUACACCCUUUCCAUGAAAAGUAUGAUCAGCGCCAUGCGAGAGGCCCGAGUCAACAGGCUCAUCACCAUGACGUCCUGGUACACUGAGCCCAACUCUGGAACACAGUCUUCUUAUCUCAUCCGGUUCCUCCUGCUGCCGAUGAUCCGAAGCGUCCUCACCAACAUGUAUGAGAUGGAGCAGCAUCUGCAGAAGACUGAGGACAUCAGCUGGACUGUGGUUCGCCCACCUGGUCUCAAGAACCUGCCCGCCUCAGCUCAAGAGUUUCUGACCCAUGAGGGAUACUUUGUGCCUGACAGCAGUGGUCACCCUGCAGGCAGCACGGUGGCGAGAGGAGACGUGGCUCGCUUCAUGCUCUCUCUGCUCAACAACAACGCCUGGGUCAAGAUGGGAGUCGCCAUAACUACCAAAUGAGAAAGAAGAAGCCAAUGUUAGCAUGAUUACAGAGUACUAAAACACAUAUUUACCCAUUAAUCUCCAGCGAUCUCUAGCCAAGCAGUUUGGUUGAGUUGAGAUUUCUGCCUGCAUCCCAAAAUAACAGAAGUAAAUGGAAGUUUUUUGUUUUGGAUUUCUGGUUCACAACUUUACUGUUUUCAUUCACUUUCACCGCCCUAGUCAGCCUUGUUGCCAGGGUAAAUGUUUCAAUGCUGUGAGCACCACAACCAAAACUCACCUCUGUUGUAUUGGGGCACCAGCAGAAAUCCCAGAAAUAGCGAAAAUAAAGCCCAGACUAUUUUCAUGGUCAGACACCACUGGAGCUGAGGAAGAAGAGGUGCCUUCACAGUCAUGAAUAUAAUGGCAUAACUGCCAUAUAUAGCCAAAUGUGCAUGAUGAAUGUCUUUUUCAUUUACUCUUGUGAACAAUAUUCUUGUUUUCAUAUGUUUGAACACCUUCAUCAUAAGUGUACCAUUUAAUCAUGUUGGUGUUUCUACUGAUUGUAGUACAUAACAUCAACCACAUGAGGGCAGUGUUGUACCAUACUUGGUAGCAGUCGCAGAAAGUCAACUUAAAACAUUCCCAUUCGCCUUUUACUUACAGCUACUAGUUGAUAUCUCGUAAUAAUGAAAAUCUCAUAAUGUUGCACCUUCUAUUCACAUUAGCACUUCAUAUUCAAAUGUGUACUGUAUCAGCUGUGUAAAAUAAAGAUACGAUGAUGA